AUGUUCUUGAACCAAGUGUUUGAAUUUUAUUCUUGGUGGAUGGUGUAUGUUUUUUUAAAUAUGACUUAUGGUGUCUAUUUAUUAAUACCUAGCCAGAAAUUCACUAUUGGCUUUUACGACAACUAUGGAAGCUAAUUGUAUGUAGGAAAUACAAAUUUUACUCAAAAUUUUCAAUAUACUUUAAUGGAAUACUACUAUUCUAUUUAUAUGUAUACAGUAAUGUUUGAAGAUGCUUAAGAAAUGUUUAAAUGGAAUAACCUCAUGGAAUUAAAAGAAAGGUCAAGAAACUUGCAAUCAAUUGUUAAUCAAUAUGUCAACAAACAAUUUAAUAACAUGUACAAUGAAUAGAUAACUAUUAUCAUAUUAGUAGCCAUAAUUAGUGUUUUUAUGGUAUUGACUAUAAUCCCUUUAAAUUUCAUGAUAUAAAUGCAGAAAGAAAAAAUUAUGAAACUCUUAGGUUCAUUUUAACCUUAGAUACUUGAAUCUCAAAUAAAACUUAUUGAAUUGGCCAUUUUUAAAAUAGAUAAUAUCCAUACUGUCAAUGAAAUGAACAAAAGUGUGUAAGAUAAUAAUAAAUCUUAGAAAUAAAACAGGAAAUAGAUAAAACUCUUGAUGGAAUUGGCUCUUGAUGGGAGAGAAGACACUUAGAUUAACUAAAAAGGCAAGUUUAAAUAAGAAAUAAAUGAUUUCAUUCCAAAAUACAUUAAAAGAAAGCAAAAUAAAAGAAACAGAUCUAUCGCAUCUUUUAAUAGUUUACCAAAACUUAGCUUUAAAAUUAUUUUUAUGAGCGUUGUUACUAUAAUACUUUUAUUGAUUUAGCCGUUUUUAAACAUAAUUUAAAAUAAUCCAUUUCAAAGAGAGUCUAAUGCUACUUUAGAGGAUAGAAUAGCUUUAACCAAUUAGAACUAGUAAUCUAUUUUAGCAAUAUCGAACUUGACUUAAAGCCUACAUAUUCCAAGAAAUAAUGAGCAGAUAUUUGAAGGAUUUUAUAAAACCAUUCUUAAUGGAGAUAUAUGCUCUGUAAAGGAAUUAUAUCCACAAUAUUUUAACUCAAAUAUAACUCAUGCUGAUUGUAACAGAUUAUUUGGUGGAAUAUUGAACAGAGGAUUGCUUCUUUCAAUUAAAAAGGCUUUUGAUACAUUUUAAGAACUGUACGAAAUGUAUUCAAUAACAGAAUAAUUAUACAUUAUAUGA